AUGGCCCGUAGCACGGCUGCAAAAUUGGACACAAUUGCCGACCGUGUGCCUGGCAAGUUCCGGAACCUCAUCCCGAACAUUCAAGACUGGGAGAAGGCAGCUUCGAUCCCGGACUGGAUCUACAAAAAGGCUGCCGACGAUGGUCUUUUAAUGCCAAUUGCUGCUGGACCGGCCAUCCCUACCGAUUGGAGGGGGAAAUAUCCCAUCAUCGGCGACGUGCCGCCAGAAGAGUGGGACGGCUUCCACGAUCUGAUCAUUCACGAUGAGAUAGGGCGCAACGGGGGUAUAGGGCUCGAGAAUGGGUUAUUUGGCGGUACGAAGACACUUGUGAUCCCUGCAGUGCACAAAUUCGGGUCGGCGAAGCUGCAGCAAACUGUUGUGGACGACGUGCUCUCAGGAAAAUCCAGGAUAGCACUGGCCAUAACCGAGCCCGACGCAGGGUCAGACUGGAUCACAGGAGGCAUGUACGCACAGUAUUUCCUCACACUAGUCAAGGAGAGCAGUGGAGAGUUCACUCUGGUAGUGGUGCCGCGCACAAAAGGCGUGUCUACAAGACACAUGGAGAUGUCUGGCUCCACGACGGCUGGCACGGCGUUUGUGGAGUUUGACGACGUCGAGAUCUCGCUCGACAUGGUAGUCGGUGAGCGCGGGAAGGGUUUCAAGUACAUUAUCUCGAAUUUCAACCAUGAGAGGUUGUUUAUUGCAAUGCAGUCGGUUCGGUGUGCACGAGUAUGCCUCGAGGACUCGAUCGAAUACGCCAUGAGUCGGGAAACGUUUGGAAAGAAGCUUGUAGACCAUCCGGUCAUACGAUUCAAGUUUGCCAACAUGAGCAGAGAGACUGAAGCACUACAGUCGUGGAUCGAGAGCCUGCUCUACCAACUCGGGCAUCUCUCCACCACAGAAGGCGAGUUCCUCCUAGCAGGGACCACUGCUCAGAUCAAAGCCCAUAGCGGGAUCGUGCUGGAGCAUGUCGUGCGUGAGGCCAUCCAAAUCAUGGGCGGGAUCGGCCUGACGAGGGGAGCAGGCCGAGGGGAGCGCGUGGAGCGGAUCUGGAGAGACGUCAAGGCCAUCACCGUGCCUGGGGGCAGCGAAGAGGUCAUGCUGGACCUGGCGACCAGGCGUGCGCUCAAAGUCACUGCCGAGCUUCGCAAAUUGGGACCAAAGACGAGACUGUGA